CGGCCGGCGGCGGCGCGGCCAUGGACAACGUCUACAACGAGACCACCGAGCCGCAGGCCAAGCCGCCCCGCCGCCCCUUGGGCUGCACCCUGCGGCACCUGCGCGGAUGGCGGCUGCCGACCAAAGCGCUCCAAGCGAUUCUCUCUCUUCUGGCUGUUAUUUGUGAAGAAAUUGUGGAGGAUUGUAUCAAGUGUGGUGGACUUUACUUCUUCGAAUUCACAAGCUGCAGUGCCUUUCUUUUGAGCCUUCUGAUCCUGUGUGUGUAUUGCACUGAUGUAUAUGAAACAUUUGGGGAAGAUAAAGUACAGACAGUGAAUUUAUGGACCAUGCGAGCCAUAGCUGUCUGUUUUCUGUUAGCAUCAAUAGUGCUUGCUGCGACCAGCUCUGGGUCUGCUGUUGAAAAUGCUGCAUGCGUGUUUGGAUUUCUUGCAAGUGGUGCAUUUUCAGCUGAAAUUAUUAUAGAGUGGUUUCACAGUCAGAAACAAAAUGUCAACGGAUCCUCUGAAAAUCCUGGCAAUGGUCAGAGUUACACAGAAAAUCAGCCACUGAAUAAACAAAGCUAACUUUCUGGAAUUAUGUCAUUCUUUUUGAAUGGAGCAAACUAAAAUGAACCUUCAGUGCGCUGUAGGUAACAUCUUCUGUCUCCCUUCUAACCAAUUUUGUACACAUUGCUCAUCACAAAUUUUUAUAGGUCCUUAGGUCAAGUAAUGGCAUCUUGAGCAUAAUUUUCUAAGGUAACUGGUUCUGCUUAAUAACUGGUCCUGCUACCUCUCCAGGUGACACACACUAAAAAGACUUUUGUCUAAGUAGAAUAACUUAAGGACAACAGAGUGCUGAUUUGAUUUUGACAGAGGUGACUAAUAAAGAUUAAUGUGUGAUGUAUAAAUUCUGAGCUAUAACCUAAAGAUACUUUCUGUAUAAAUGGACCAGAUCAUUCUGUUAUGAGUUAUAGAUUAGUACAGCAGAAUUCCUUCUUGUACUUAUUGGUCAAACUGUGAAUGUAAAAGGGAUACCUAAUUGGAGCCUAACAGAAAUGCUUAUCCUUACAUAAGGGGCUUUGUUUUGGUUUUACUAUUCAUAUGUCUCAGUUCUGUCUGUGGAGAUCAGUUUAAUGGAAUAGCGAGUGUAGGGUUUUUAGGGGGGGGCUAAUGUAAUGGUAUAUUAAGGAGACAGUUUGCACCCCAUGAUCAUCAAAGUUUGCACUUGUGCUCCAGAAUCUUCUUUCAGAUUGUUUUGAAAGCUAUAGAAGUUGCAGGAAGAAACUUGAAAAGCCAGCUGUGAGAGGAAAAAGAUGAAGAACAAAUAUUUUCACAAAGUAACCCAAAAAGUGGCGAUCUGAACAUCAAUGGGAAAAAUGUUACAGCGCGUUGGUACUAUCCUGGUGAAUAUUACUUGCAGGGUUAAUACUAUCCUGGUGAAUAUUACUUGCAGGGUUAAUACCAUAUGCAGCUUGUUUAUGCAUAGUUAAUGGUAAGUAUUGCCAGAAUGGUUAUGGACCCCACCAUUUUCUUUGUUUAUAAAUAGGGCACUAGCUUGAGACUUCUUGCUACUAAGGCAGCUGGUAAAUGGGUAAAUUAGCACUUGUACCCUUGAUGUGUCUUAAAAGCGACAGGCUGUAUGACUGUAAGAAACACUACUGAUGCAACACAUAGCAGACAAGUGACGGACAUAUCGGACCAGAUGUCGAUGGCUGUAAAAGAAAUGGAGUGGUGAAAAGGCAUUUUUCAAAUGUCUGAGGUAGAAGCAAGACUGCUAGACCUCACUGAAGAGGAGAGCCUUCAAAAGUAAAGCAAAUUGCUGUAAGCCAGGAGAUGUCCAAAAUACCAAAGCAAAUGAGAAAAAGCUGAUUAUGCAAAAACAAUUCUUGUUUGAGUGCUCAUGACAUUUGCCGUGUCUUCCAGGCAUUAACUCCCAUUUCAUCAAUACCCUAGUCUGACAAAUUUAUAGUCCUGUAACCUGUUGUGACAGCGCUGAGACUAAGCCCUCCAGAAAUUGGCUGAGAAAGCUGUAUUUGGAAAAGGAUGAGGAAGCUGUUGUAGGACAAAGAACUGUAAAAGAAGGUCAGAGUUUUUUCCCAGUGCUGCCACUUUCUGAUGAAUGUGAGUUUGUGAUGUACUCUCUCUAAGCUCUGAGACUUAAGCCUAACACUACACUUUGCUUGGAGGAUGUAAAAUUUUGACAGGUGGUGUGAAGCAUCAAGUUUAAGCUGUAGCUUGGUUUCAGAGCCAUGCAUAAAAGACAUACUUUGCUUCAUAGCAUUUCCUGCUUUGCAAAGAAGAAAUGGUUUUUGGACUGGCUUUUUUUUUUUUUUCCCUUGUAUUUAUUAGUGUCCAUUUGCACUAAAACCUGAUCUCAGUCUGGGUGUACCAAGCUUGCUGUAGCUGUCUCCGAAAACUGGGUAGAUUAGAGAUGUUUCAUUUACAAGCAGUGUUACUGGUGAUGUGAAGCUUGCCAUAACGAAAAAUAUUUCUGCUAUGAUUUGCAAUGUUUUACUUUGGGGAUCAUGUCCAUAUCUAUGAUUAAUAUUCUAAGAGGUUUUUUCUUUUUUUUUUUUUUUAUUGCCCAGGAUUCUACUGAAUUUGUUUUCACAUCAAAACGUCUAUAGUCUCUAAACCUUGAUCUAUAAUUAAAAGCAGUAAAUAUAGUGUAAGAGUAACACUCUGCUGCUGGUAUUUAUUAAGCAAUGCAGCACCAUGACAAGACUUUUAUUGUAAGGUAAUUUUUCUUGUAAUUUUUCUCAGCUUGAAAAUAUGUGAAUAGAGUUCUGGGUUUUGGUUGCUUUUUCUAUAGACUUUUCUCCCCUUAAGUGCUUUGUUAUUGGUGUCCAUUCCUGAAUUGGAAAUAGUGGUACUGACAGGGAUCUGUAAAGUCAUCUCUCUGCCUCAGCCUCCCUAUCUAUGGUACCUACUGUUGACACUUCAGAGAGAAACUGAAAUACAGAGCAAGUUACCUUUAUGAAAAAGUGCCACAAGGAGUUGGUGUUAGAAGAAGUGACUUUGACUGAGAUCUCCUGACUCCCAUGAUCUGACUAUUAGGCCUUUUGAAGCAUACUGCCAACCUUUGCAGAGCAGUUUGAUGGAUUCUCUUACUACAUACAUGCUGGCAUCCCUGGCAUGUUUUUGGGUUGUUAGAGUGAGGGUGUUUUGGCAUGUUUUUCAUUUUCAUUUUAGCUGUUCCAAGUAGGUAGUUUAUACCCAUUCUUUCACCAACUGAACGAUCCAUGCAUAGAUUGGAGGAUCAGAUUCCAUCUCUGACUAAAAGGGAUGCAAGUGUUGCCAGCAGCUAAUGAAAACAACGAACAGUAGUCUUUGGGAAACUGGUUAGUUGUUUUCCUGUAUAUCACAGGAGCUUACUAAUAGGAAGAGUCCUGCUGUUCUUUACAACAAUACAUAUUGCUCCACUCCAGAUGCUGUUUAGCUGGCAUUAAUCUGUCACAUAGUAGUUUAAUACUACAAGCAAGUCACAUAUUGGUUAUAGGUUCAAGACAAUUGCUAAAUAGUUGCUUCCAAACCAGUUGUUGGCUAGCAAAGCAGUUUCUGCAUGGUGGUACUAUUAAUCCUAGGCUUAUUAAGUAUGAGGUGUUCUUUUUCCUAUGUUUUAAAAUAGUUGAGAAGCAGGUUUGCUAGUGUGUGUGCUGUUCUCCGCUUCUGUGGGGUCAUUUCCUUAACUGCUGUAUCAGCUUCCUAAGGUAAAGGGGCAGGUGUGUGUGUGUCCCUCCUGGCUCUUCUGCCCUCACAGGCUAGAUAGGGGACAGACUUCCUUGCUGCAGUGGCUGAGCAGACUGGUCUCCUGCAGUCUUAAUGUGCCCCCUUUGAUGCUUCUGGUGUCAGAUCCAGGCUUUGAGUGUCUGUCUUUUAAUUAGAUUGAUCCCAGAGAAUGGCAUUGGAGCUGGAUUAAACAUCUGGUUUUGCAGGAGCUCUGCAUGUGUGGCUGGAUGUCUCUUACCCCUCCCGUGCUCUGUCAGCAAAGCAGACUGCUUGUUUCCCAGCCUGCUUCUGAUGAAAUCAGCCUACUUUAUUUAAACCAGCUAUUUAAAUUGCUUAAAUUAAGGUGGCUGAUUUUGACUCAAGUGGUUUAGGGAUUGUUCAGGAGAGUGGUUAGAGCUCUGGCAGAAGUGCUGUUACAAGCAACUGCCUUAAAUUUCUUCUUCUGUUUGCAAAGUAACCAUCUCUGUACAAUCUUAACUGGCAGUAAAACCUGUGAAAAGAAGCAACUGGCCCAGUACAUCUACCUGGGGAUUGUCUUCUCCCUUCUUCACCAUGGUGCUUGGCAGUGGUGUUGCGAGCCUGCUCAGACACAUUAAAAGCUUUCGUCUUUUCCAGUUGAGCCCAUCCAAAAAUAUUUAAAGGCUCUGCACCCACUUUCAGGCUUUGUUUACAGCGCCUUGAGAAUCAGUGCAGAGGAUUCUCCAGGACAUGUGAGGACUUGUUGUUAAGUGGCUGGACUGUGAGUUUCUCCUCUGAAAAUCUGCACGUGUGUUGUGUAGAUUGUGAAUGUUCAUUUUUGUGUUUGGUGUUUAGCCCACAUUAAAAUCACAAUGCUACCAGUGCCCUUUGUGUUCUAAAUAUGUGAAGAAAUUGUGCCUUCUUGCUUGCACUCUGUGCUUAAAAAUAGUGGGGAAGGCUUGUGGUCUGUUACAGUUGAGUUCUACGUUUGCAUCCUCCAACUUGAAAAAGCAGUGAGCUAUCUCACACAAUUCUGAGCUCUGCACAAGAUGUUUUUGCAUAAUGGCUGUCACGGUGAUCCUUGUUCAAAUUUGUGCAAUAAAAAUACCAAGCUUUCUACACUGAAGGGAAAUACACACUUGGUGAAAUGUUUGAAAAGUUAUAUAUAAAAUUGUAACAAAUCAAGAUGCUGGUAGUGCCUUUAAGAUGGAAAUUCAUCUUUGUUUUAGUCUAUUGCUGUAAACAUAAGCAGUUCUCUAGAUAGUAAACUAUGCUGUUCAGAACUAUAUCACUUUUAAUACCUUUGAGAAUUUAAGUGAUUUUUAAUGAUUAUUAAAUCAGGAUAAUAAUGCAGUGGUUUUAUAUAUAUAAAAUAAAAAUUUUAUAC